AACCAAUUUCCCCCAAAUUUUUUUCAUUUUGAUGCUCAUUUCUCUUUGCAUUUCUUCUUCACUGUCUGUCAAUAAACCUCCCAUGGAGUCUGCGGCAUCUCUCCGUUCCUGUUACGGUUCCUUGGGUAACUUUACCCAUGUACAGUCUUUACUGGAUAGGCCUGGUGGGCUUCCUUUUUGUAGCACCAGCUCAAAUAAACCAUCGUUCAGCCAGGGCUGGACGUUUGGUGGAAGACUCGUUUCUUCAGUCAACAGAAAAGCAACACUCAUACCGUAUGUUAAGGCCUCAGGAUCGCCGAUACUAGAAACAUCUGACGUGGUUUCUUCAAAUGGCAGUUCACAAGGAUCAUCACAGAAGAAUGUUCUGCAGGGUGCAACAUUUCCUAAUGGAUUUGAGGCAUUGGUUCAGGAAGUCUGUGAUGAAACUGAUGUUGCUGAACUAAAGCUAAAGGUAGGGGAUUUUGAAAUGCAUCUGAAGCGAAACAUUGAAGCAACAAAAAUUCCAUCGCUUGUCACUUCACCUUCAGCCCCACCUCCAAUUCCGAGUGAACCAAUGGUUGAAUCAGCUCCUGUUGCUUCACCUACUUCACCACCAAAAUCAUCUCCUGAAACUACUAGUCCAUUUAAAUAUGUUUCCUUUGAAAAGUCGUCAAAAUUAGCAGCUUUGGAAGCUUCAUCAAAUGCAUAUGUUCUAGUAACAUCUCCUACGGUUGGGAAAUUCCGAAGGGGAAGGACAGUGAAAGGAAAGAGGCAACCUCCUAUUUGUAAAGAGGGUGAUGUAAUCAAAGAAGGGCAGACAAUAGGUUUUCUGGAUCAGUUUGGCACUGAACUUCCAGUGAAGUCGGAUGUUGCUGGAGAAGUUUUGAAGCUCCUAUAUGUGGAUGGUGAAGCAGUUGGUUAUGGAGACCCCCUUGUUGCUGUUUUGCCUUCAUUCCAUGAUAUCAAUAUUAUGUAAGCUUUAUCCUCUUGACUUCUUACUCGUCUCUUGCCCUUCCUCCAUGACAAUUGUGUAAGCUUCCAAAGUGGUCGAUUGUUGUAAUUUUUCCCCCUUUCAUUAGACACUCAGAAAACAAAAAGCAAGUGAUAAUUUUAGUUGCUGUUGAUUUGUGUGUUAAUGAACCAUUUUUUCCGGGAAUAGCUAAAUUAUAGAUGAUGAGAACUAGUACCCUUUGG